UUUUUGGUAAACUGAGAUUUGCAAGUGUUGGUUUCUAUAUAUAUGCAAGAGUAGACUCUGGCCUCAGUGCCUCAUCAGCUGUGUCGAAAAUUAUGGUGAUUCCUGCAGUGAAAGCUUUCCUUCUCUUAUCUCUGUUCACUUUCUUAGGAACUCAUGCAAGAAACUUACCAGAAGACAUACUCAAGAUCAGCAAAACCGAUCACGGAUUGACAUCAAGUAUCACUAGCAUUACAAGGCCAGCAAGAAGACCACCUCCUCCUCCACAAGUUAGGCCUCCAUCACAUCCGAUUCUGAGCGUCUCUGAUCAGGUUACUGAGAAUAAACCGGAAGAAGUCAUAAGAAUGCCGAGUUUUAUAGGAAAUCACCACAAACCACCACCUCCUGCUCCUUAUCUUGCGCCUCCACAGGUACAGGCAAAUGCCUAUCAAGAAUGGAAAUCAAUCUUUGCCAACACUGAAAAGGCCUUAGACCCGUCAGAACUUAGGAGCUUUUCGUAUGUCAGAGAAAUUACAGAAGACGGCGAAAUCAUUAAAAGACCAUACCUACUGUCACCUCCUCCCCCUCAUCUUGCUCCUCCUCAUGUUCAAAUGAAAAUUUGUGAAGACGACGAAAUCAUUAAAAGACCAUACCUACAUUCACCUCCUCCCCCUCAUCUUGCUCCUCCUCAUGUUCAAAUGGAAAUUUGGGCAACCGAAUAGUUGCCUCUGUCAGAUCUAAAUAUGUGCAACCAAGGAUCAUCUUAUGCGAUAUUAUCAACUAAAUAUUAUGGAUCUCCAUCGAAUAUAUAGCCAGCUUCAGUGUUCUGUGUGCUUGAGUCCAGGCCUGGGAUCAAGUAGAAGAUAAAUAAUGAGAUGGAACAUCUGGCAUCUGCAUGUAUAAUAUAUGUCAGCUGUACGUGUUUUUUAUGUAAUAAUAUCUGCAGUUCGUAUUAUCUGCAUGUGUAAUAUAUAUGUAGAUCAUGUAGUCAUCAAGGUUUUAGCA